UCGCGUUCUGCCGCCUGCACUGUAUUGCAUUUGAAGGCGCUUUAGCCGACCGAGAUGCGCGGAAGCGAUGGUCUUCAUUGAGGUGCAGGACAACUUAACUGGCCCAGGGAAAGACAAGGUUUCCCCUUGGAGGCAUCAUCAAGUUUCCUCCCCUCUGGAUGGUGUGCCCGUCAAAGCCUGACCCGUAACCAGUGGAUCAGGUUACAUUUCUCAGCUGGUGCUUUUCAAAACUCAUUGACCGUCCUCGUAUCCAGGAAGACAAGGAGCUCGGUUCCUGCUGAUAAAAGCAUGAGCCAGACAGCUAUAAAUCGAGGCUUCUUCCUUCGCAAGUUGGUAAAGGUUCGACAUCAUCAACAGCGAUAUUUGCCUCGAUUCGACACCGCGACACGAACUCCAUUCUUCCGCAACAGCUCCGCUCAAAAGACGGUCCCAUAGAAAAUAUGAAACUCACUGCGGCUGCUCUACUUUCUUCCCUCGCUUUCGCCUCAGCGUGGAACCUGGAUCUUUACACCACCGACAAGCGCCAUGUCAAAACGCACGGAACCAGAGACUCCGGCUGUAAGAACAUCGAGUUCCACCCUGCGCUCAAAGUUAACCGUGCAAAUUUCCGUCCCGCAACCAAUAACUGGCCUGACCCAAAGACUUUCGAGCUUUACGCCAGUAAGAACUGCAAAAAGUUGAGCUACCGUAACGGCAAAGGCAAUCACAAGAUGUCCGCCAGAACCAUUCGCAGUUACAAAGUCUACUAAGAAAUUUCACAAGCCCAUCAAGGCAGCCUUCGCGUACGGGCUGAACAGCAUGAUGGGUGGAUGGAUUGCCUUCAAUGCUGGUGGCAGUGGCGUCAUAUGUCAUUAAUGUAGUUGGGAAUCUAGAUUUCUCUUAUCAGGCAGA